CGCCGUCUUUUGUCCAGUUUGGAGUUCCCCUCUUUCACAUCUCUUUCAACCUCUUUCAACCUCUUUCAUCUCUAUCCCAUUCUAUCAAUAUAACCCAUCUUCUAGCAAUCAUGUCUGGUCCCGGCGUUGGCUUCGAAUACCCUGUCCAGAAGGUGUCUUGGCUCAAGCGUGAUGCUCUUCUCUUCGCCAACUCCAUUGGAGCUACUGCUGAUGAGCUUCACUUCCUCUACGAACUUCACCCAGACUUUGCAGUCUUCCCUACAUACCCCAUUAUCCUCACUUUCAAGGGCCAAAAGAAUGAAGUAAUCGACUUCUACGCCGCCCAAAAGGCCAUCAAAAUCCCCGGUGUUCCCGAAUUCGAUGCCCGCCGUGUUGUCGAUGGCCAGCGCAAGAUGGAGUUCUUCAAGCCCCUCCCUACAACCUCUGAAGGCAAGAACUUCGAAGUCCGCACAAAGGUUCUCGGUGUCUACGACAAGGGCCGCCCCGGCAGUGUUGUGGAGACACAGACUGAUCUCGUCGAGACCACCAGCGGCGAUAUCUACAGCCGCAUCGUUAGCAGCUCGUUUUACGUUGCUCAGGGUAACUGGCACGGUCCCAAGGGCCCUGCGACCGUUAACUUCCCUCCUCCCGAGAACAAGAAGCCCGAUGUCGUCUUGGAGAACCAGACCACUGAUGAGACUGCCUUGUUGUACCGCCUCAACGGCGACUACAACCCUCUCCACGCUACCCCAGAGCCUGGAAAGAAGAUGGGCUUCGGCGGUGCCAUCAUUCACGGCCUCUACUCCUACAACUCGACCUGCCAUGCUCUGCUUAAGGCCGUUGGUGGCAGCAACCCCGCCAACAUUAAGGAGUACCAGGCAAGAUUCGCCAGCCCCGUUCGCCCUGGCGAUAAGCUCAUUACCAGCAUCUGGCGUACUGGCGAUAAGCAGGGCGAGUGGGAGGAUAUCCGAUUCUCUACCCAAAUUGAGGGCGGCAAGGUCUGCCUCAGCAAUGGUCGCGCUCUGAUCAAGGUCCCUGGUGAUGCUAAGAGCAAGCUGUAGGGCGGCGACUAGUAGCUGGAGAUGGGAAGGAUGUAUUCAAUGUAUUUAUGACAGAAGCGACUGAUGUAAAAAUGGGAAAUAAAUAUAAGGUGAUCUUUAUCAAAUAAAUCAGAU